GAUGGCGGAUUCUUGUGUUUGAAACCCUGUAAAAGUUUAACGAUAAGUAACCAAGAGAGCCAGCUCUUGUAUUAUAUUUAAGAUAUUUUUGUAUACAUCUUAAUGUUUUGGCGCUUGAAAAUAGCUAAAUUGUACAGAGGAAUUUUGCUUGAUCAAGUUUGAAAGUUGGUGUUCAUGGGAUUGUCGUGUUGUUGACAUCGUUUACUAAGACAUUAAGCAAGAAAAGAAAUACUGAAAAAGCAGAGUAAAUAUGGAUCCUGAAGCCCAAGAGACGGGAAGUGUUAAUUUAAGUACUGGAGAUGAUAAUUCUGAUACAAAUGCAUUGGAAUCAAGUCAAGCUGUUUCUGAAAAACAUAAAAAUGGCAGCUCGUCACCAUCCGAGAAUGGAGUUGAUGGAGAGAGAGGCGCUGUCGACGAUCAUGGAAGUACAGGCUCUGGAGGAAAAGAAUUUGACCCUGCUGAAAUGAUCUCAAUGAUUAAAGAAAGAGUAACAUUGAGCUCCUUAACAUCAGACCUCUGGACAACAGAACAUGAUGAUACCAUACUAAAAUUCAUUAACGAUCCUAACUUACAAGUACUUGUUGCAUAUAUGGACAAGCUUCUUGGACUACAGGUAUCAACCUCAAUACCUCCGCAUCAAGUUGAAGAGCUAACUUACAUUAUACGAUCAGAAGCAGCCAUUCUCACUGCUGAAAACCUGGAAAAAAACCUCCAGUUUGGCACAGUUCAUAUGAAUUAUGUGGAAGGUUUACUGCGAUUGAUGUCAAAUCUUUAUGGGCCAUUGUUUUUUGGAAAGAUGAAUUGGCCAGAUAGCAUCAAAAAUGACUUUUCAGCCCAGGUUCAUAAGUUCAUGGCUAAUCUAACAGACACCAGAUACAAGAUGCAGGGGAAAACAGUCUUAUAUGUACCAAAUGAAAAUACUCAUCUCUCUAAAGAAGCAGCGGCAAAAAGCAAGGAGUUUGUCCAAAGACUAGAAACUGCAAUGAUUCACUGGACAAGGCAGAUCAAAGAGGUACUCAGUAGCCAGGAUAACUUUGAGACAGCCGAGAACUCUGGUCCUCUGGAAGAAAUAGAGUUUUGGAGAAGCCGAUGUGCUGAUCUCUCAGGAAUCAGUGAACAGUUGGACAAGCCUGGGGUCAUGAGGAUUCAAAGUAUCCUAGAACUGUCAAAGUCCUCUUAUGUUGCUCCAUUCCUGAAACUCUCCAAGCAAAUACAGAAUGGAUCAGCCCAGGCCCAAAGCAAUCUCAAAUUUCUUUCAAUCCUGAAAGCACCUUGUGAGGAUCUUGCACAAGCUCAGCCUAAAGACAUUCCUCCAAUGCUCCCAAAGAUCUUGAACAGCAUUAGAGUGAUAUGGGUGAACUCUGAACAUUACAACACUGCAGAAAGACUUACUGGACUCUUGAGAAAGGUGAGUAAUGAGAUAAUCAAGAGAUGCAGCACAAAGAUUUGUCUGGAUGACAUUUUCGACGGUCGCAUAAGAAUAAGCAUGUUAGGACUGCAGGAAAGCAUAGAAUGCUGUGAAGCCUGGAAGGAAAUCUAUGAAAAGAUAAGAAGAAUGCAUGCCAAAUUGUCUGGUCACCUUUGGAUUCUUGACCAAAGCAGUAUUUUUGCACAAGUUGAUGCAUUUGUACAAAGAUGCAAGGACCUUCUUGAGGUUUGUGAAGGUCAAAUGCACUUUGCCAGAAUGUAUGAUGGUGAAAAGGCUCCACUGCCUUGCUUCCAUGGAGUGAGAGGACCAGAAAUUGUCAGAAGUCUGCUGGAGAUUGAAGCAACAUUUGAGAAGAACCUACAGAUUCUCAAAGCUGUCAAGAAAACGAUUCUCGAUGUUAAGGCAACGACUUGGCAUGAUGAUUUUAACAGAUUCCGAGCUGGAGUCAAGGAUUUAGAAGUAAUGGUUCAGAACCUGAUUGCAUCAGCAUUUGAGAGUGUUACAACAGUACAAGAAGGGCUAGAGAUUUUGGAUAUUUUCCAGCAUCUGUCUUCUAGAGAGGCUAUCAGAAGAACCAUAGACAAGAAGACUGUAGAGGUAUUUCAGCUGUUUAACGAAGAGUUAAAUCUGGUCAAGAAGGAGUUCAACACCAAGACAGUUGAUCUACCUGCCAUGUACCCUAAGUAUGCUGGAUCAGCAAGCUGGGCUAGAAUGCUAAGAAGAAGAAUAGAUAAACCCAUGGAGGUUCUUGACAAAGCUUUCUUCUUGCCCCAAAUUGGUUCUGGUGAUGAGAUUAGAACCCAGUAUCAGCAGCUGGCUCAGGCUCUAGAUGAGUUUGUCAGAAAAACCUUCAAUGAAUGGACUGCAACUGUGGACAAAGAAUCAGCUAAACUUCUUGAAAUUCCUCUGAUGAAGAGAAACCAAGAAAGAACUGGAACCCUUGAUCUCAACUUUGACAAGAUUUUACUCAAGCUUAUCAAUGAAAUCCACUACUGGGAGAAACUGAUGUUUGAGACACCUCACUAUGUGUCUGAGAUGUACCAGAAGAAGGAAGACCUAAGAAUACUGAGAGAAAAUGUCUUACUUGUUAUCAGAGACUACAACAGGAUUAUAGCAGUGUUGUCUCCCGAAGAACGCAGUCUUUUCAAAGAGAGAAUUCGCUCACUGGACAAAAAGAUUCAUCCAGGUCUAACCAAGCUGACAUGGGCUUCCAAGGGCAUAUCAGAUUACUUUAUUGGCGAAUGCAGAAACAACUGCAGCAAGGUCCAAGGUAUAGUUGAUGACUACAAGAACGCUAACCUGUUGAUAUCCAAGAACUGUGUGAAGAUCAGUGAGAUGCUUCUGGUCAAGAUUGAUGGCAAGAGGGUGUAUGACAACCUGGAGUUUGAAGAUGAACAGAAAAAUCACAUGUCCAUAAUCCAAACGAGACUUCAAGUGACUCACAUGGAUAUCGUGGGAACCAUGAAAAGUACCUAUGAAGUAUUCAAGAACGAUGGACAAGAGGUUCAAGCUCAUUGGUUACGCUACACAGAGAAGAUAGACCGUAUGGUAGAAGAGGCCUUUAGAUUAAACGUCAAAUGGUCUUUACAAGAACUUUCCAGAGCCAUCAAUGGUGAUGGUAAAAGUAUCCCUAACCCAUUACUGAGGGUCAAAGUUGUGCUGGAAGGCGACAAGGUGGAGUUCUCGCCCACUUUAACUAAGCUAGCCAGUAUGAUGGAACAUAUCGCCAGCUCCCUGACAACUUGUCUCUCAAUAUUCAAACGGUUGCCAGACCUUCUCGCCAAAAAGAAAUCUUCCAAGGAGCCUGUACACAUUAUCAUUGAACGAGAUGACGAGACCAAAAAGAUCCAAGUUAGUAUCAAGACGGGCAUGUCAGCUAAUGCUUCACAUCUACAGUCAUACCUCAGCACAUGGGACACGUAUCGUGAAAUCUGGGAGAUUCAGAAGGAUGCGUUCAUCAGGAGAUAUCAGCGACUAAAUCCACCCGUGUCUUCAUUUGAUGCAGAUAUUGCUCGGUAUACUGAGAUCGCUAACAACUUCCAGAAAGAGGAGACAGUCUUGAACAUUGAUUUUGUCAUGUUAGAUUGUUCACCCCUUAAGUUUGCAUUGCUAAGUCACUGCAAUGAAUGGCAGAGCAAGUUUACUACACUCCUGCGUGAGAUGGCCAGUCAGAAGCUGAUUGAGCUCCAUAACUUCCUGAAAGAGAAUGCUAAGAAAUUAAGCGCACCACCAGAGAACUUAGAUGAACUGGGUGAGAGCCUUGCCCUUUUAGAGCGGCUCCAGAACGACCUGAAGAAUAUCGAGGCCAAAUUCCCUCCUCUUCAUGAACAGUUUCUUAUUCUCGAGAAAUACGAAGUGCCCAUACCUGAAGAGGUGCAAGAGAUGCUUGAUCAGUUGAGCGGUGAGUGGGUGUCGUUCCAGCAGUGCUUGAUUGACAGCGAUAUCAUGUUGAAGAAGAGCAAAGAGAAAUUCAAGACGGGUCUUAUUAUUUCAUCUGAGGAGUUCAAGAAGACUGUUGGUGGCCUGUUUGAGGAGUUCCAGACAAAGGGUCCAUUUAGCAGUGCCAUUGCAGUCAAAGAUGCACUAGAUCAAGUCAAACAAUAUCAUGAGCAAGUCCACAGCCUCAAGAACCAAGAAACAACUUUGCGCCGUGGUUUAAACAUAUUCAAGAUAGAACAAGCACCAUCUAAAGAUCUCCAGGGAUUGGAGAAAGAUCUGGAGCAUCUUGAACAAAUCUGGUCUAUUACUAGUGAAUGGGAAGGUCUCUGGGACACGUGGAAAGGUGGUCGUUUUACCGAGUUGGUCACUACAGAUAUGGAGAUGACCUCGCAGACGUUAUUUAAGAGACUGAAUAAAACCAUUAGGGAAGUUAAGGACAAGAAUUGGGACAUCUGCGAUUCAAUCAAGUCUCGUAUCGAGCAGUUCAAGAGAACCAUGCCACUCAUUCAGGACCUUAAGAACCCUGCUAUGAGAGAAAGACACUGGAAUCAGAUCAAGGGAGAAGUACAGAAACCAUUUGAUCAGAAUGCUGAUGACUUUACCCUGGAGAAAAUUAUUGAGCUUGGUUUGGAUCAGUUUGUUGAUAACAUCAGUGAUAUAUCUGGUGCAGCAAGCAAAGAGUUGUCUAUAGAACAAGCCAUUGCUGGUAUCGCACAAGCUUGGGAACAAAUUAAUCUUGAUAUCGGUCCGUACAAAGAUCGUGGACACUUCAAACUCAAAGCCACAGAUGACGUCUUCCAGCAGCUGGAAGACAACCAAGUCACACUGUCGACCAUGAAAGCAUCCAGAUACGUCAAAGCCUUUGAAGCUGAGGUCGAUAAAUGGGAAAGAACUCUGUCUCUAAUCCUGGAAGUGAUAGAGAUGAUCCUGACUGUACAGAGACAAUGGAUGUACCUUGAGAACAUUUUCCUCGGGGAAGACAUCAGAAAACAGCUUCCGAGAGAAUCGGCAGAGUUUGACGAUGUGAACGCACACUGGAAGGUUAUCAUGCAGCGGUUGAACAAGGACCCCAACGCCCUCAGAGGAACUCACCAUGAAGGUCUUCUAGAGAGAUUGAAUGAGAUGAACACUAAACUGGAAGAGAUCCAGAAGUCUUUAGACAUGUACUUGGAGACUAAAAGACAGAUCUUCCCUCGGUUUUACUUCCUGUCUAACGACGAUCUGCUGGAGAUUCUUGGCCAGUCCAAGAACCCAGAAGCUGUUCAAGCGCAUCUUAAGAAGUGUUUCGACAACAUAAGGUCCCUCAAAAUGGCAAAGAUGGGCAUCACUCAAAAGACGGAGGCAGUUGGUAUGUACUCUGCUGACGGUGAAUAUGUGGAGUUUGGUCAUUCGGUUCUCCUGGAGGGUCCUGUGGAGGCAUGGCUGUGUGACGUUGAAAGAAGCAUGAGGUGGACACUGAAGGAAUUACUGAAACACUGUCGACUGGCUUUGAAGAAGAACUUAAGCAAGAGAGAUAAAUGGAUCAAAGAAUGGGCAGGACAGUUAACGAUCACGUCCAGUCAAAUCCAGUGGACCAGUGACUGUAAUAAAGCACUGAGUAGCACUAAGGAACGAGGGGACAAAAAGGCAUUGAAGAGCUUCAAGAAGAAACAGGUUUCGAUGCUUAAUAAAUUCUCCGAAAUGAUUCGUGGUAACCUAACCAAGCUUCAGCGUCUUAAGAUCGUUGCCUUGGUAACCAUCGAGGUCCAUGGCCGUGACGUCAUCGAGAAGCUCAUCAAAUCAGGAUGUAGUAACGUGUCUGCGUUUGAAUGGCUCAGUCAGUUACGUCUUUACUGGGACAAGGAUAUUGAUGACUGUGUUGUACGUCAAACUAACACACAGUUCCAGUAUGGUUAUGAAUAUUUGGGGAACUCUGGACGUCUUGUCAUCACCCCCCUGACUGACAGGUGUUACAUGACCCUAACCACCGCACUUCACCUUCACCGUGGUGGUAGCCCCAAAGGACCUGCUGGUACAGGCAAGACUGAGACAGUAAAGGAUCUCGGGAAAGCAUUGGGUAACUACGUCAUCGUAGUUAAUUGUUCCGAGGGUCUUGACUUCAAGAGUAUGGGUCGUAUGUACAGCGGUUUAGCUCAGACCGGUGCAUGGGGCUGCUUUGACGAGUUCAAUCGUAUCAACAUCGAGGUACUGUCUGUAGUAGCACAACAGAUCCUGUCCAUCCUCUCCGCCUUGUCAGCUGGGGCAACCCGUUUUGUGUUUGAAGGACGUGAGAUCAACCUUGUCUGGUCAUGUGGCAUCUUCAUCACCAUGAAUCCAGGUUAUGCUGGUCGUACCGAGCUACCUGAUAACUUGAAGAGCAUGUUCAGACCUAUCUCGAUGUGUGUGCCAGACUCGGGCAUGAUCGCCGAGAUUAUCCUCUUCGGUGAAGGCUUUAAUAAUACCAAGAUACUCGCCAAAAAAGUCUACACUCUGUAUUCCCUGGCAGUUCAACAACUCUCCAAACAAGAUCACUAUGACUUUGGUCUCCGUGCUUUGACUUCUGUACUACGCUAUGCAGGACGUAAGAAGAGAGCGAACCCUGACAUGUCUGAUGAAGAGAUUUUACUGAUGUCCAUGAAGGACAUGAACGUUGCCAAGCUUACCUCACAAGACGCUCCCCUGUUUAAUGGGAUCGUGUCUGAUCUCUUCCCUGGUGUAGAAGCACCUGUUAUCGAUUAUGGAAAGCUUCGUUCUGCAAUAGAGAAGGAGUUAAAGGAAGCUGGCCUACAAGUAACGCCUUCUUCUCUCCUCAAAGUCAUCCAGUUAUAUGAAACAAAGAACUCAAGACAUUCUACUAUGAUUGUCGGUCAGACUGGUUCUGGUAAAAGUGUGUGUUGGAAAAUCUUACAAUCAGCAAUGACAAGACUGAAGCGUGAUGGUGAAUCUGGUUACAACGUAGUCAGGGAGUUUCCAAUCAACCCUAAGGCUCUGUCCCUUGGUGAGCUUUACGGCGAAUUUGACUUGAACACUAAUGAAUGGACUGAUGGUGUACUAUCUAGUGUCAUGAGGCAGACUUGUGCCGACGAAAAAUCGGACGAGAAGUGGAUAUUAUUUGAUUCUCCUGUCGACACGUUAUGGAUCGAGUCCAUGAACUCCGUUAUGGAUGACAACAAGGUGUUGACCCUCAUCAAUGGUGAACGUAUCAGUAUGCCAGAACAGGUGUCUCUACUGUUUGAAGUCGAGAAUCUUGCCGUGGCUUCCCCAGCCACUGUCAGUCGUUGUGGUAUGGUAUACACCGACUACAAGGACCUCGGGUGGCAACCGUACGUCGACUCGUGGUUAGAAAGACGCACAGACCGCUCAUCAAUUGAACAUCUUCAACGGCUGUUCGAGAAGUUUGUUCCAAAAGUACUGGAAUUCAGGCGACGUAACUGUAAAGAACCCAUCCCUACAUCAGAACUUAAUUCUGUAGCCUCGUUAUGUAUUCUCUUUGAUGCGUUAGCAACUGAAGCCAACGGGGUUGUAUCUCAUGACGAGAGUUAUGUCCGCAUGAUUGAACUUUGGUUUCUUUUCUCUCUGAUUUGGUCCAUCUGCGCCUCUGUCGACGAGGAAAGCAGAAAGAAGAUGGACAACUUCUUGCGAGAACUGGAAGGACAGUUCCCAGCAAAGGACACAGUGUAUGAAUACCACGUGGACAUCAAGCAGAAGACCUGGGCAUCAUGGGAAGACAAGCUGAGAGCCGGCUGGCGAUACAACCCAAGUGUGCCAUUUUACAAGAUAAUGGUACCAACGGUCGACACCGUUCGCUAUGACUUCUUAGUCUAUAACCUAAUCCAAGCCAAGCAACCGGUUUUACUGGUUGGACCUGUUGGUACUGGUAAGACAUCAGUCGUUCAGAAGGUACUGCAGCGCCUAGACCCUAAGAUCUACAGUCUACUGGUCAUCAACAUGUCUGCUCAAACCACCUCCAAUAACGUGCAGGAUAUCAUUGAGAGCAAGGUUGAGAAGAGGACUAAAGGCAUCUACGUACCGAUUGGCGGCAAACAAAUGAUCACCUUCAUGGAUGACUUCAACAUGCCGGCUAAAGACACGUUUGGAUCGCAGCCUCCACUCGAGCUUAUGAAACUGUGGUUAGACUAUGGAUUCUGGUAUGAUAGGACGAAACAAACCAUCAAACACGUGAAGGACAUGCAUCUUCUGGCAGCCAUGGGACCUCCUGGUGGUGGUCGUAUGGUGAUCUCCAAGAGACUUCAGAGUCGAUUCAACCUGAUCAACAUGACCUUCCCUCAAGAGAGUCAGAUAAAGCGAAUCUUCGGCACCAUGAUCAACCAGAAACUGCAGGACUUUGAAGAAGAUGUCAAAGCACUUGGUGAUAUCAUGACUCAGGCUACCAUUGAUAUCUAUAACACCAUCGUGGCCAAGAUGUUACCAACACCUACCAAGAUUCAUUACUUGUUCAACUUGAGAGACAUUUCCAAGAUCUUCCAAGGUCUUCUGCGAGCCAAUAAAGACCUUCACGACACGAAGACAAGCAUAUCUAGACUAUGGGUACACGAGAAUUUCAGGGUGUUUGCAGACCGUCUAGUAGACACACAAGACAGAGAAUCAUUCGUAUCUCUACUGAGUGACAAGCUAGGCAGCAUGUUCGACUUGACCUACCAUAACCUGUGCCCUAAUAAACUACCACCCAUCUUUGGUGACUUCAUGAAGGACGGCUCAGUGUACGAAGAUCUGACUGACUUUAAGGCGCUCAAGAAGUUCAUGGAAGACCAGUUAGAGGACUACAGCAUGGAACCAGGCGUAAUACCUAUGGACCUCGUACUCUUCCGGGACGCUAUUGAACACGUCACACGUAUCAUAAGAGUGAUAGGACAGCCCAGGGGUAACAUGUUACUGAUUGGUAUUGGUGGCAGCGGUAGACAGAGCUUGACUCGCCUUGCUUCGUACAUCAUCGAGUAUAAGGUCUUCCAGAUUGAGGUCACUAAACACUACAGGAUCAUAGAAUUCAGAGAUGAUAUCAAGCGACUUUACUACAUGGCUGGUGUAGAGAAUAAACCAACUGUCUUCCUGUUCACCGACACGCAAGUCUUGGAGGAGACGUUCCUAGAAGAUAUUAACAACAUUCUCAGUAGUGGAGAGGUGCCUAAUCUGUACAAACCAGACGAGUUUGAGGAGGUUCGUACAGCUCUAUCUGAUUCCGCUCGUAAGGAUGGAAUCGCAGAUACUCCAGAGUCCAUGUUUGCUUACUUCAUCGAAAGAGUGCGUAAUAACUUACACAUUGUGUUGUGUAUGAGUCCUGUUGGUGAUCCAUUCAGGAAUCGUAUUCGUAUGUACCCAGCAUUCGUAAACUGUACGACAAUCGACUGGUUUAGUGAAUGGCCUCAAGAUGCUCUCCUGGAAGUGGCUGAAAAAUACCUGGAACACAUCGAUGUUGGUGAUGAUGAAUUAAAGCCGGCUGUGGCCGAAGUGUUCGUGGUCGUUCAUCGGUCGGUGGUCGAUAUGUCCAGCCGCAUGAUGUUAGAGGUUAAGAGACACAACUACGUAACGCCUACUAACUAUUUGGAGCUUGUGUCAGGUUACCAGACUCUUCUUAAGGAGAAGAAGAAAGAGCUGGGCGAUGCGGCGAGUAAACUGAGGAAUGGAUUGGAGAAGAUUGAUGAUACUAGAGCAAAGGUCGAGGUGAUGUCGGUGGAGCUGGAAGAAGCAACACUCAAAGUCAACGAAUUCCAGAAGCAGUGCGAGGAAUAUCUAGUUGUCAUUGUGCAACAGAAACGAGACGCUGACGAACAGCAGAAAAUCGUCCAAGCCAGAAGCGAGAAGAUCGCCGAAGAAGAAGAGAAAUGCCGCAGUAUGGCAGAGAACGCUCAAAAAGAUCUCGACGAAGCCAUCCCUGCUUUACAGGAAGCCAUGAAAGCUCUCGAGUCAUUGAACAAGAAAGACAUGACUGAAAUCAAGUCGUAUGGCAGACCCCCUGCCUUGGUAGAAAAGGUCAUGGAAGCGGUGAUGAUUCUGAGAGGCGCAGAACCCACUUGGGCGGAGGCAAAGAGACAGCUCGGUGAUGGUAACUUCAUCAAACAGUUAGUAAACUACGACAAAGACAACAUGACUGAUCGUGUACUGAAGAAGAUCGGCACAUACUGCUCUCAGUCAGACUUCCAGCCUGAGAUCAUUGGUCGUGUGUCUUUAGCUGCCAAGUCACUGUGCAUGUGGGUCAGGGCCAUGGAGGUGUAUGGACGAAUAUACAGGGUAGUGGAACCAAAGAGGCAGAGGUUGAACCAGGCUACACAACAGUUAGCAGAGAAACAGGCUAUAUUAGCUGAUGCCAAAGCGAAGCUCAAAGAGGUCACAGAUCGUAUGGAGGAACUAAAGAGACAAUACGACGAGAAAUCAGCUCAGAAGGAAGAACUGCGUAAGAAAGCAGAGAUGCUCGAAAUCAAACUUGAUCGCGCUGGCAAGCUAGUGUCUGGUUUGGCUGGAGAAAGAGAUCGUUGGGAAGCUAGCGUAUCUAUUCUGGACGAGAACAUUGGAUACCUGGUGGGUGACUGUCUGAUAGCUGCGGCUUUCUUGUCUUACGCUGGUCCGUUCUUGUCCAACUACAGAGAUGAACUCGUUGAGAAAACAUGGCUUGCACAGGUCCGGCAGUGUAACUUACCUUGUAACCCAAACUUUAGCUUCUCGUUGUUCCUGGCCAAGCCCACUACUGUACGAGAAUGGAACAUACAGGGCUUGCCGUCUGAUGCCUUUUCUACUGAAAACGGUGUUAUCGUCACUAGAGGCAAUAGAUGGCCUCUAAUGAUCGAUCCUCAAGGACAAGCGCUCAAAUGGAUCAAAAAUAUGGAAACAAAGAAGGGUCUGAACAUCAUUGACUUGCAGCAGCAUGACUAUCUAAGAACUCUAGAGAAUGCUGUACAGUUUGGUAACCCUGUGCUUCUACAGAACGUUCAGGAAGAGCUUGAUCCAUCGUUAGCUCCAAUCCUCAACAAGUCACUUAUAAAAGUUGGCGGUCGUUAUCUAAUCAAGCUUGGUGACAAGGAAGUAGAGUACAGCCCUGAUUUCAGGUUCUACAUCACUACUAAACUAAGUAACCCGCACUAUACUCCUGAGAUAUCCACCAAGACAACCAUAGUCAACUUUGCUGUCAAGGAACAAG